UCGCCCCGCCGCCAGCGCGCCAGCUCGGGGCGGCCGGAGAGCCGCCAAUGCCCGCUCCCAGCAGGCAGGGAGCCACUGCCUCACCCGGCCAGGUUAAAAAUCACUAGGACGACGGUUGUCUUGGCACCUUCGAGAGUGAUACUGUGAGGCUUUGCUGUGAUGGUAUUUGGAGCAACUUGGGCGUCGUUGGGGAGAAGCAGAUGCCAUUUCCUACAUGUCCUUAAAACAUGUGCAGGCAAGAGGAGCCCAUGAAAUUCGUAACCUGGGUCUGGAUGACAUCGUGCAACAAAAUGUUUGGCGUGCUGCUGGUCUUUUUCCCUGCUCUGCUCCUGGAGAUGGACGUGCUGCCCAGGAGUGCCGGGAGGAAGGUGCUUCUCUCUGCAGCCUCCUCACAGAGGUCGGUGGCUCGGAUGGACGGCGAUGUCAUCAUCGGGGCCCUCUUCUCUGUCCAUCAUCAGCCGCCAGCUGAGAAAGUGCCCGAGAGGAAGUGCGGGGAAAUCCGAGAGCAAUACGGCAUCCAGAGAGUCGAAGCCAUGUUUCACACUUUGGAUAAAAUUAACGCCGACCCCGUCCUGCUACCUAACAUCACCCUGGGCAGCGAGAUCCGAGACUCCUGCUGGCACUCCUCCGUAGCCCUGGAGCAGAGCAUUGAGUUCAUACGAGACUCCCUCAUCUCCAUCAGAGACGACAAGGACGGAGGCACCCGCUGCAUUUCCGAGUCGCAGCCCCAGCCUCAGACCAGAGUGAAAAAGCCCAUCGCGGGGGUCAUUGGCCCAGGCUCCAGCUCAGUUGCUAUCCAGGUCCAAAAUCUGCUCCAGCUCUUCGACAUCCCCCAGAUUGCUUACUCCGCCACCAGCAUCGACCUGAGCGACAAAACGCUGUACAAGUACUUCCUCAGGGUGGUCCCCUCCGACACGCUGCAAGCCAGGGCCAUGCUUGACAUCGUCAAGCGUUACAACUGGACCUACGUCUCCGCCGUCCACACAGAAGGAAAUUAUGGGGAAAGUGGAAUGGAAGCCUUCAAAGAGCUGGCUGCCCAAGAGGGUCUCUGCAUUGCUCACUCUGACAAGAUCUACAGCAACGCUGGGGAAAAGAGUUUUGAUCGCCUGCUCCGCAAGCUGCGAGAAAGGUUACCCAAGGCCAGAGUGGUGGUUUGCUUCUGCGAGGGAAUGACAGUGAGGGGGAUCCUCGGUGCCAUGAGGCGCCUGGGAGUGCUUGGGGAGUUCCUGCUAAUUGGAAGUGACGGUUGGGCAGACAGAGAUGAAGUCAUUGAAGGUUACGAACCCGAAGCAAAUGGAGGCAUUACUAUCAAACUGCAGUCUCCUGAGGUCUUGGCAUUUGAUGACUACUAUCUGAAGCUGCGUCUGGACACCAACACCCGCAAUCCUUGGUUUCCUGAGUUCUGGCAGCACAGAUUUCAGUGUCGUAUCCCAGGGCACCCACUAGAGAAUCCCAACUUCCAGAAGAACUGCACUGGCAAUGAGAGCCUAGAAGAAAAUUAUGUGCAGGACAGUAAAAUGGGAUUUGUCAUCAAUGCUAUAUACGCUAUGGCUCAUGGACUACAAAAUAUGCAUCAUUCCCUUUGUCCUGGACACGUUGGACUCUGUGAUGCUAUGAAGCCAAUUGAUGGCAGUAAGCUCUUGGAGUUCCUCCUCAAAUCCUCAUUCAUUGGUGUUUCUGGAGAAGAAGUUUGGUUUGAUGAAAAGGGAGAUGCCCCUGGAAGGUAUGACAUCAUGAACUUGCAGUACAUAGAGCCCAAUCGCUAUGACUACGUCCUCAUUGGGACCUGGCAUGAGGGUGUGCUCAACAUCGACGACUAUAGGAUUCAGAUGAAUAAGAGCGGAAUGGUCCGAUCAGUGUGCAGCGAGCCUUGCUUGAAGGGCCAGAUUAAGGUGAUCAGGAAAGGAGAAGUGAGCUGCUGCUGGAUUUGUACUGCUUGCAAGGAGAAUGAAUUUGUUCAGGAUGAAUUCACAUGUAAAGCCUGUGAGCUUGGCUGGUGGCCGAAUACUGACCUGACAGGCUGUGAACCCAUCCCUGUAAAGUACCUCCAGUGGAGCAAUAUAGAGUCUAUUGUGGCUGUGGUCUUUUCCUGCCUGGGGAUCCUGGUCACCAUGUUUGUCACCCUUAUCUUUGUGCUCUACAGAGACACCCCUGUUGUCAAGUCCUCCAGCCGAGAGCUCUGCUAUAUUAUCCUUGCUGGCAUCUUUCUGGGUUACGUCUGCCCUUUCACCCUUAUAGCCAAACCCACCACAACAUCCUGCUACCUCCAGCGCCUUUUAGUGGGCCUCUCCUCUGCCAUGUGCUAUUCUGCCCUUGUGACCAAAACCAACCGCAUUGCACGCAUCCUGGCAGGCAGCAAAAAGAAGAUCUGCACCCGCAAGCCACGUUUCAUGAGUGCAUGGGCCCAAGUGGUCAUUGCCUCCAUUUUGAUCAGCGUGCAGCUGACACUGGUGAUCACGCUGAUCAUCCUGGAGCCCCCCAUGCCCAUCCUCUCCUACCCCAGCAUUAAGGAAGUUUACCUUAUCUGCAACACCAGCAACCUAGGUGUCGUGGCUCCUGUGGGCUACAAUGGACUCCUCAUCAUGAGUUGCACAUACUAUGCCUUCAAGACUCGCAAUGUGCCUGCCAACUUCAAUGAGGCCAAGUACAUUGCAUUCACCAUGUACACCACUUGUAUCAUCUGGCUGGCCUUCGUGCCUAUCUAUUUUGGGAGCAACUACAAGAUCAUCACGACCUGUUUUGCAGUGAGCCUGAGCGUGACAGUGGCACUGGGGUGCAUGUUCACUCCUAAGAUGUACAUCAUUAUAGCCAAGCCUGAGAGGAAUGUCCGCAGUGCCUUCACCACCUCAGACGUGGUGCGUAUGCAUGUCGGGGAUGGCAAGGCACCUUGCAAGUCCAACACUUUCCUCAACAUAUUCCGGAGAAAGAAGCCAGGGGUUGGAAAUCCAAAUUCUAAUGGAAAGUCUGUGUCAUGGUCUGAACCAGGUGGAAGACAAGAUCCCAAAGGGGAACAUACAUGGCACAGACUCUCAGUGCAUGUGAAGAACCAGGAGACAGGGUGCAAUCAGACAGCAGUGAUCAAACCCCUCACUAAAGACUACCACGGCCAAAGCCUGACUUUUACCGACAUCAGCAGUAAGACUCUGUACAAUGUGGUGGAGGAAGAAGAUAGAGAGCCUGUUCGCCUCAACCAGGCCAGCAGCCCCUCCAUGGUGGUGCACAGACGAGUGGCAACCACCCCACCUCUGCAGGCCACAGCGGAGGAGACCCAGCUCUUCUUGCCUGAGCAGUCCCCCAAGACCCUGCCCCUGCAGCCACAGUCCCUCAUGGACCAGCUGCAAGGAGUGGUCAACAAGUUCGCCCCCGGCAUCCCAGAGUUCAACGCUGCCAUCUCCACUCCCGGCUCAGGGAACGGCGUGCGGCCCCCGUACCAGCCUCCACCACCUCAGCAGUCGUCCCUGCAGCCUUUCCAGGUGGCUGCCUUCAGCGAGGAGACCCUCUCUCCCCCAGCUGAUGAAGUGGAGAGUGAGAAGGUAAAGCUCAUUCAGGGAUAUGUGUAUGAGAAAAACACAGAGGAGGAGGAGGACGAGGAGCCGGUGACCAGCAAACUGACUCUGGAAGACUCUCCGGCACUGACACCCCCAUCCCCUUUCCGGGAUUCAGUUGUUUCGGGCAGCUCUGUGCCCAGCUCUCCUGUCUCGGAGUCGGUGCUCUGCACACCCCCAGAUGUGACCUAUGCCUCUGUCAUCCUGAGGGAUUAUAAACAAAGCUCGUCCACCCUGUAGAUGCUGCAAGAGACAAGAUGGGAAGGACUUUGGCAGCUGCCCGUUGGGAGGAUUUGAGGAGACAAGUCUCUCAGGGCUGUGGGGAGAGAGAGCAAAGAACAAAGUCACAAGUGACAAGGCAAAAAUUUCUUCCUGCACUUAAAUAACUAAAAUGAAACAAAAGAAAAUAAAAAUCCAUUCUGAGGGCUCAAGAUUCUCUAUCUGUUAAAAAUAAAAAUAUUGUACUUUGGAAAAACGUUAGGAAACCAUAACAAAGCACAAACCCAAGAGACAACUUCUAUAGCAAAAAAAUAAAGAAUAAACACACAGGAAAAAAAUAUAAUUACACUUAGUCAAACCCUCUCUUGGCAAUGCUUAAAAAGGACUCUUGGAAGUGUGACCUGGAGAAGUCAUUAGCACACCUCAUGACUGCUGUCUGUCUGCUACGGAAGCAACACACCCAGGAGCUGGAAGGGUGGAGUGUGGUGAGGGGGAACGAAGCUACUUGUAUAUGAGACAUAUAUGCAAAAAUAUUUUUUUCCUGGUUUCUGCAGGUGGCAUAACUGCGGAAUGUGUUUGGGGGAGAGGAGCUGAGAUAAUGUGAAAGCGCAUGGCUCUUACUGACUUUUGUCUGAACGAUUUGUUCUUCAUACUAGGCUGCUUUUUGGGGGAUCUGGGCUUUUUUAACACUGAUGUGAACUGACUGAGAAACAUGAUCAAGACUCAAGAGGUUUCUGAAGAAAGCCCUCACUGUAGUACUUGUAAUAUGAUAAGGACUUAGAAAAACUGCCCUUUUGUAUAAGAUCGCAAACCAUGUGGCUAAACUGUUACACAAUGUUUCCUGUAGCAGAACAAUAUUUAAUUACUAUCUUUUCAUAAAAUAACGUAUUUUACCAUGUCAUUGCAUCAUUCCUCUGUGUUACGUUGGAAUCAAAUACAUUGCAAAACAGCUGUAUACUUAGAGCAACUGUUAAUCUGAAAGAAAGGUAAUUCCAUACUGGGGGUUAUGGAGCCAGCUCCCAGACAAGAGACUGGAGUGAGCGUAUGUUUGUGCAUCUGUAUGCGUGUGUAUGGUAUGUGUGAAGAGUAAUGUCCAAUAACUACCACUGGAAGAUUGUCUUAUAUACUAUGAAUAUUUUUAUGUUACAAUCAUGUUUUUAUAUCGCAUUGUUACAAAUAUUCGAUAGAUCUUUGAAGGUUUGUAUGCUGUGCUAAUACAUUCUUUUUUCUCAUAUACAAGCUGAGACAGUUGUUACCCUUACACUAGGGUGCUUUGUUUUGCAGAUAUUUUAUGAAGUAGACAUAUGGUAUUAAUAAACCAGUGCAUUGAGAUCUUGUUAUUUUACAUGUUUGCAGCAAGUGUGAUUAACAAAAAAAAAAAAAAAAAAAAAAAAAAAAAAAAAAAAA